UCCGGCUCUGCGUGGAUGAGGAGAAGUUGCAUGUCAGGAGUAAAAAAGUUUUUUCUUUCGAUUUAUUCGUUGGAAAAUUAAAUAGUAACUGCAUAGCACUAGCGCUACCUUUAAAAGAAAAGUCAUAACCCCUCCAGAGUGAGUUCUAGUGACAGGUGUACAUGCUCGGGAUGUCCGCGAACAGUGUGUCGUAUAAUGAUCAGGGUGGAUCGGUGGAGUCUGGCCUGGACGCGGCGCAGGAGAGCAUCCCCACCACCCUCAACACCGGAGCGGGGUUCGGCCUCUUCAGCACUGACUUCAAGAAGAAUGAAGACUUGAAGGAGAUGCUGGAAAACAGCAAGGAGUCUCUGAAACUGGAGGCCAUGAAGAGGGUAGUUGGGCUGAUUGCAAAGGGAAAAAAUGCAUCUGAACUUUUCCCUGCUGUGGUGAAGAAUGUCGCAAGUAAAAACAUUGAGCUGAAGAAGCUUGUGUAUGUGUACCUCGUUCGGUAUGCUGAGGAGCAACAGGAUCUUGCCCUCCUGUCAAUCAGCACCUUCCAGAGGGCGCUCAAGGAUCCUAAUCAGUUUAUCAGAGCGAGCGCUCUAAGGGUUUUGUCCAGUAUUAGAGUGCCAAUCAUUGUCCCCAUCAUGAUGCUGGCCAUCAAAGAGGCGGCCACUGACCUCUCACCUUAUGUCCGGAAAACCGCCGCUCACGCCAUUCAGAAGCUCUACAGUCUGGGCCCUGAUCAGAAAGAGCUGUUGAUCGAAGUGAUCGAAAAACUCCUGAAAGACAAAAGCACGCUGGUAGCGGGUAGCGUGGUGAUGGCAUUUGAGGAGGUUUGUCCAGACCGCAUUGACCUGAUCCAUAAAAACUAUCGGAAGCUGUGUAAUCUGCUGGUAGACGUGGAGGAGUGGGGUCAGGUCGUCAUCAUAAACAUGCUGACACGAUAUGCCAGGACGCAGUUCAUCAGCCCUUGGAGAGAGGAUGGUGUGUUUGAUGAGAACAGUGAGAAAGCUUUUUAUGAUUCUGAGGAGGAGAAGAAAAUGGACCAGUCCAAACUGUAUAUCAUGGAUGCAGACCACAGACUCUUGCUGAGAAACACCAAACCAUUGUUGCAGAGCAGAAACACUGCAGUUGUGAUGGCAGUAGCUCAGCUCUACUGGCAUUUGGCCCCUAAACAUGAAGUCAGCAUCGUCACAAAGUCCCUAGUGAGGCUUCUGAGGAGCCAUAGGGAAGUUCAGUAUGUUGUGUUGCAGAACAUCGCCACCAUGUCCAUCCAGAGGAAGGGAAUGUUUGAACCCUUCAUGAAGAGUUUCUAUGUGAGGUCGACAGACGCCACUCACAUCAAAACACUCAAGUUGGAGAUUUUGACUAACUUGGCUAAUGAAGCAAACAUCUCCAUCAUACUGAGAGAAUUCCAGACAUAUGUAAAAAGUCAGGACAAGGCUUUUGCGGCAGCCACCAUCCAGGCUAUUGGCAGAUGUGCUACAAAUAUCACAGAGGUUACAGACACCUGCCUCAAUGGACUCGUACUCCUGCUGUCCAACAGAGAUGAGACGGUUGUUGCAGAGAGCAUUGUGGUGAUCAAGAAACUCCUGCAGACGCAACCAUCACAGCACAGUGACAUCAUAAAACACAUGGCCAAACUCUUCGACAACAUCACUGUCCCAAUGGCAAGAGCCAGCAUCCUGUGGCUGAUGGGUGAGUACUGUGAACAUGUACCUAAAAUCGCCCCUGACGUUCUGCGAAAGAUGGCCAAAACAUUUACCAGUGAGGAGGACAUUGUCAAACUCCAGACCGUCAACUUGGCGGCCAAACUCUACCUGACUAAUUCCAAACAGACUAAAUUGCUGACUCAGUAUAUUCUGAACUUGGCCAAGUACGAUCAGAACUAUGACAUCCGAGACAGAACGCGGUUCAUACGUCAACUCAUCGUUCCAAAUGAGAAGAGCGGAGCUCUGAGUAAAUACGCUAGACGUAUCCUGAUGGCCCCCAAACCGGCUCCUGUCCUGCAGUCUGCCUUCAAAGAUCGGGAUCGUUUUCAGCUUGGCACGCUGUCUCAUACUCUCAAUACACACGCCACUGGGUACCUGGAGCUCUCUGAUUGGCCGGCUGUUGCUCCUGACCAAUCAGUGAGAAAUGUGGAGGUAGUAGAACCGCAGGUAAAGGAGGCUGGUGGACCAGCGCUUGGUAAAGCCAAAUCUGCCAAAUCAGAAGAGAAGUUCUACUCUGAAGAGGAGGAUGAGGAUGAGGAGGAGGAGGGCAGCAGUAGUGAGGACAGUAGCAGCAGCAGCAGUGAAGAAUCAGGAAGUGAAUCUGAGAGUGAGGUGAACAGCGAAGAUUCCAACAAGAGUUCCAGCCAAUCAGAGAAGAGCUCCAGCGAAUCAGACUCCGACAAGAAAAAGAAAACAUUAAAAAACAAAAAACUACAACAGCAGAAACCAACAAGUAAAGACAGGGUCCAAAAGAACGGAAAUGCUAUAAAGGCUGAAUCCAUAUCAGAAAGUGAAUCGGGAUCAGUGAGUUCCUCCUCAGAGAGCUCCUCUGAAUCAGAGUCUGGAUCCGAACUGGAUUCCGAUUCAGACUCUGGAACAGAUCAGAAGAAAAAAACAAAGUCCAAGCCUGUCAUGUCCAAACCAGUCGCAAAGGUUGAGGAAAAGAAGGAAGUGUCUCUCCUUGACCUUGAUGACUUCUCCCCUGUGCCAGUGACCGCACCCAAAAGCUCCAUGCUGUCUCCUAGUCUAUUGUCUGACCUGCAGGGGCUCUCCAUCUCACCCACCGCAUUGGCCUUACAGGCGAGUUCUCCCGUGUUCGUGCCGGAAACCUCGCAUGAGCUGCUCCACAGGAUGACGGGUAAAGGUCUAUCCGCCCAGUACCGCUUCACCCGCCAGCCCUGUAUCUAUGGCAACAGCAUGGUAUCCCUGCAGCUGACGCUAAGCAACAGUAGUGACCAAGCCCUCGAGAACAUCCACAUCUCAGAGAAGAGCUCCACUGGACAAAAUAUCCACUGCUUUAACACUAUCGAGCGUUUGGAGCCGCAGGCGUCAGUAACAGUGUCUAUGGGUGUGGACUUCAGUGACUCCACACAAGCAGCAAACUUCCAGCUGUGUACUAAAGAAGAUGAAUUCUGUGUGUCCAUCCAGCCUGCGGUAGGAGAGCUACUGCUGCCCAUCACGAUGAGUGAACCGGACUUCACCAAAGAGCAAGGUAAGCUUUUGGGCAUGAACGAGUCGUCUGCAACCAUCACUAUGAUGCCAGAAGACACCUCCAGCCAAUCAGUAAACAGGAAAGUGGUGUCUGUCGCCAACUUGGGUGUGGUUCCAUCCAAUCAGGACAACAUACACAGGUUUGCGGGCAAGACUGUGAGUACGUGUUCUCUGGUCCUGGUCUCAGUCACCCUGAAGAAUUCUGACGCUCUGGUCACCGUUAACACUGAGAAAACUGUGAUUGGCUCUAUGCUGCUGCGGCAGUUUAAAACAGCUCUGACGAACAACACCCCCUAGAAAGAGUCUCUCCAACAGAGCAUAAAAAGCUAACCUUUCACACUCAAACACACUCACAAAUUCAGUCAAAGAAAAAAAGUGCCAUAAUUUAAAUGCUUAUGUUAUAACAAAUCUUAAUGAUUUGGUAUUGUUUGUAUUUGUGUUGUGGGAAGUUAUAGAUGUAUAAUUCGGGUCAAGUGUUUGAGUGUGCACAUAGACGGCUUCUUAUCUGUUCCUGAUAUAUCUGAGAUUUCUGUAUUCUGAAAAUAUUAUAUCAAUACUGACAAUUAGCAGAAUAUCUUUAUUUAACAGCAAGUUAAAUAUUUCAUUAUUUUUUUUUUAAUUAGCCUGAUAUAUGAGCAUUGUUGCCCAGUCAGCAAUUUGAUGUUGUCUGUCUGCUCAUUGAGGGAAAUGAAGCACGUAUAAUGUCCAAAACAUUUGUUAAAUUUCUCCACUUUGUGAAGUGCCUUUCCUAAGAUGAUUAACCCAAGUGCCCGACAGGCUCUGCCAACGAGCCCCAGUUGUUUGACUAUUGCCAUAAUUACAAUGAUUAAAAAGAAGUCAUACAGAAACUAUAAAGCAAUCUUCUUUAUUUGGUUAAUCUGUGUCAUAUUAUACCAUAAUUUCUCUUGUUCUCUGCCA